CGCAGGUACCCCGGGCCCGAGAUGCGGUAGAAGCAGCGCGCGCGAGAAGCCGGGUCCCCGGUGCCACCAGCCCGUCGCCCGGCCCAUGGCGAGCCCCGGCCUGGGGCUGCUUCUGGCGCUCGGCCUGCCGCUGCUGCCGGCCCGCUGGGGCCGGGCCUGGGGGCAAACGCUGGACCCCCCUAUAAAUGAGAACGGCACCAUUACACCCUCUGACCCAGGCUCUGGCUCCAAUGGGGCCCUGUCCCAGGCUGCCAUCACUGCCAUCAUUGUGGUCUUCUCCCUCCUGGCCGCCCUGCUUCUGGCCGUGGGGCUGGUGUUGCUGGUGCGAAAACUGCGUGAGAAGAGGCAGACAGAGGGCACCUACCGGCCCAGCAGCGAGGAGCAGGUGGGUGCCCGCGUGCCGCCGCCCCCCAACCUCAAGCUGCCGCCUGAGGAGCGGCUCAUCUGAAUGCUGGGGCCCGCUGCAGCUGCCACAACUGCCUAGGACCAGCCAGUGCUCGCUCACACACAGCAGCUGCCACCAAGACAACAGCCUCUGAUGGUCCAGGAGGACUUGGGGGGGCCAGGGGGCACCUGCCUGGCAGGCUCGGUGAAGCAUGCCGCCUCUGCUUGACUCUGCCUGCAGUUGGGGAUGCCGGGGCUGGGGGCCCGCCUCCGCGCUUGCUGCCCCAUCUCCGCUCGGCCGGCCAUCCUGCUGCCACACAGGCCCGACAAAUCCUCUCCUUUCUUUCAGUUCAACCAUGCAGCCGAGGCCCGGGCUCCCCAGGACUCCAAGGAGACAGUGCGGGGCUGCCUACCCAUCUAGGUCUCCUUUUCUAUCCGUCUGCCUUGCUGUGUGACCUUGGGGGAAGGCAGAGCCCUCUCUGGGCAAUCAAACCUAGCCAG